AGAAGUGAGUCUUCUCUGAUUGCUGCAAAGUGUCAAUUGGCCAAUCUCUUCUCCAAGAAAAACUACAGCAAGCUUUUAGGUGGCAUUUUGUAAGAAGAGAGUGCUGUGCUACUUGUUCGCUUUUCUUUCAGUUUAUAAUUUGCACACAAGGAGUUUUGAACCUGUUUUUUUGGGUAUUUAAUAGUGGGUUGGCUGCAAGGGAGCUAUGCAACUGGAGCACUGCCUCUCCCCUUCCGUUAUGCUCUCCAAGAAAUUUCUCAAUGUGAAUACUAGUUACCCCAAUCCAGGCGGAUCUGAGCUUGCAUUACAUGAUCAUUCUAUUAUCUCGACCACUGACAACCUGGAGAGGAGUUCACCUCUGAAAAAAAUGGCCAGGGGGAUGGUGACGAAUCAGUCGGAGGCAGACAAUUUUCCUGAUUCUAAGGAGGCGCCGGGGGACGUCGUCCAGAGAAACAAACUCUCUCCUCCUGUCUUGGACGGGGUAGCUGAGCUUCGUCACAACUUCGAUGGAUCUGCUGCCGAUCGUUACCUGCAGCAGCUCUCUCAGUCCAGCCCAGCGGCCCAGCCCUCUACCUCUCCAGCUACACCUUGCAUGGCCAUGUUUCCUUACCCAAGCCAGCACGGACCUGCUCACCCGGCCUUUUCUCUUGGAAGCCCGGGCAGAUAUAUGGCCCACCAUCAUCCAGUAAUCUCGAACGGAGCUUACAACAGUUUAUUAGCCAAUUCAUCUACGCAGGGCUAUCCUUCCGCGGCAGCAGGGUAUCCAUACACACAGCAGUAUGGUCACUCGUACCAAGGAGGACCACCGUUUUAUCAGUUCUCUUCAGCACAGCCAGGCUUAGUACCGGGCAAGGCUCAGGUCUACCUGUGCAAUCGGCCAUUGUGGCUUAAAUUUCACAGACAUCAGACCGAGAUGAUAAUCACCAAGCAAGGAAGACGCAUGUUUCCGUUUUUAAGUUUUAAUAUGUCUGGUCUGGACCCCACGGCCCAUUACAAUAUUUUUGUGGAUGUGAUCCUGGCAGAUCCUAAUCAUUGGCGAUUCCAGGGAGGCAAAUGGGUUCCAUGUGGCAAAGCGGACACCAACGUCCAAGGAAACCGUGUUUACAUGCACCCCGAUUCCCCUAAUACAGGUGCGCACUGGAUGCGUCAGGAAAUUUCUUUUGGCAAAUUAAAACUAACAAACAACAAAGGAGCAUCAAACAACAACGGACAGAUGGUUGUCCUACAGUCCUUGCACAAGUAUCAGCCCCGGCUACACGUAGUGGAAGUAAAUGAAGACGGCACGGAAGACCCAAAUCAACCGGGCAGGGUGCAGACUUUCACCUUUCCAGAGACUCAGUUCAUAGCCGUGACUGCAUACCAAAACACUGAUAUAACGCAAUUAAAAAUAGACCACAAUCCUUUCGCAAAGGGCUUUCGGGAUAAUUAUGACACGAUUUACACUGGCUGUGAUAUGGAUCGCCUAACACCAUCUCCUAGUGACUCUCCACGUUCUCAGAUUGUGCCCGGUGCCCGUUACGCAAUGGCUGGUUCUUUCCUCCAGGACCAAUUUGUAAGCAGCUAUGCCAAAUCCCGCUUCCAUCCGGCAGCUGGGACCGGGCCUGGAGCCGACCGCAGUGUUCCCCACACCAACGGCUUGCUUUCGCCACAACAGACUGAGGAGCCUGGGGCACCCUCCCCUCAGCGCUGGUUUGUUACCCCAGCAAACAAUCGUCUAGAUUUUGCAACUUCAGCUUAUGAGGCCGCCACCGAUUUUGCUGGCAAUGCCGCCACACUCUUGUCCUAUGCUGCUGCUGGGGUAAAGGCUCUACCCUUACAGGCAACAAGCUGCACCGGCAGACCAAUUGGGUACUAUAGCGACCCUUCAGGAUGGGGUGCUCGCACUCCACCUCAGUACUGCAGCAAAUCUAGUGCUGUGCUUUCUUGCUGGCCAAGUAACACUGCUAGCAGGACAACCGCUGCCAACUCCUACUUGGGUGACGAAGGGGACAGUCUUGCUACGGAAAGGUCCCCCCUAGCCGGCAAUGAAGAUUCCAAGCCCAAAGACUUGUCCGAUUCAAGUUGGAUUGAAACCCCGACAUCCAUUAAGUCAAUUGACUCCACCGACUCUGGAAUUUAUGAGCAAGCCAAGAGGAGACGGAUCUCCCCAUCAGACACACCAGUUUCGGAGAGUUCCUCGCCAUUAAAAAGUGAAGUUCUCCCACCCAGGGACUGUGAAAAAACCUGCGCCAAGGAUGUGGGCUACUACGGGUUCUAUUCCCACAGCUAAAGACACUACUGGCACACUUUAUAUGUUUCCAGUUGUGCCAUACUAACAUUUUUUUACUCAGACAACACGUUUUUUGUUGACAUUAAACCAUAAGUACUAUACUCCUCAAAUAUCUGUUUUACCACGGGAGACUCUGGGGGAAAAAGGGACCACCAAAUGACACUUUUUUCUUCUUCCUGGCAGUGCUGGUAAACUAAACCAUGCUUACAUGCUCACAGCCUGAGUAAAGGAAAACACUGGCAAGGGUUUUGCCACAGCUGUUAGGAUUCUGUCAACCUUUGGAGAGAUGGAGCCUUUUAAACGAGAUGUUUAGAACUGCCAUUUGUAAACCUGGGUUCAAAGUAAUAUAAUUUGCCCGCAUUCUCAAAAUGAAAAGAGAAGUUAUUGCUCUAUACGUCACGUUAUUUUUUGUCAUUCUAUUAAGUGCCAAAAACAUUAUUGAUUUGUUGUCUUUGUACGGUGCCAAAAUUUCUUACGUACAUUGUUUUCUAAAGUCUUUACAUGUAAAUACGUGUAAUUAUCAGACUGUACAGGGAUUUCACUCGUUGUUGAUCUGUGUAUGGAAGUGAGGUUUAAAUAUAUGAUAUAUAAAUCAAUUUUACCAAGUAGCAAAUUUAAUUUUUGACAUUCAAAAGGGUGUAUAGAAAAUAAUUGCAAGAUGCUGCUUUCCACUGCUUUGCACAGAAUGAGCAGCAGGUAACAUGUACAUUUUUAAUAUCCCAUAAUCAUAAAGGUCAUUGAUUUCUAAUAGAAACUAGAAAUUGAUUUGUGUAGGUAUUUUGCACAUUUAAUUUCGGAGGUUCCCAUUCUUGUUUUUGUGAAGUAGGUGUGAAUUACUGAAGCCUUCUGCGUAAAUUUAUAUUGGAGGGGGUCGGGGCUUGUAUCUAUAUGUAUUUGUAAUCCUUUCUCUUUUAGGGUUGCUCGUGUAUACUUUCUGUCUUCUGUGAAGCUUAUUUAUUUUAUUUUGUCGACUCUGUGAAGUGAAUUAUUUAUUAACUGAAACUUCACUUGCUGUUUUUUUAUUUUGAAUGUUUGUAUAGUUUGUGUAUUUGAAGAAAAAAAUAAAAAAGUAAUACUGUGAAAUAUUGGUACAAAA